AUGAGGGAGAUCCAUAGCGACAACGGCACCGCAAUCAAGGGAGCGUCCAAUGCACUCAACCGAAUCCACCACAUGCUAAAGUCCGAUCAGGGUGGACGAAAGCAGAUCCUCGACUGGUGUUCCGAGAAUGAGAUCAUGUGGCGAUUCAUUCCACCUCGCGCUCCGCACUUCGGCGGUCUGUGGGAAGCAGCCGUCAAGUCAGCAAAGCACCAUCUGCUUCGUGAGAUCGGCAGUGUGAAUGUCAGCUACGAGGACAUGAUAACCAUACUCGCCCAGAUCGAGAUGUGUCUAAACUCCAGACCUCUCACUGCCAUACCGUCCGAUCCGUCAGACCUGGAAGCUCUGACCCCAGGCCAUUUCCUGGUGGGAACCAGCCUACAAGCCGUUCCAGAGCCGUCACUUUGCGAUGUACCCGACAAUCGACUUUCACAUUGGCAGCUCACCCAGAAGCGUGUCCAAAGGAUUUGGGCAAGGUGGUAUCCCGAGUACCUUCAGCAGCUGCAGUCACGAGCCACGAAGCAGUACCCCAAGGUCACCAUUGAACCCGGACGAGUUGUGGUGAUCAAGGACGAAUGUCUGCCGCCAACUCAAUGGCCACUCGGAAAAAUCAUCCAGGUACACCCGAACAAGGAUGGAAUUGUUCGCGUUGUCACCCUGAAAACCGCCACAUCCGAUUCAGUUGUCCGUCCAGUCGUGAAACUGGCCUUGCUUCCGACACCGGAAACGCAGUCCACAGCGUCUGAUCCCAGUUCGGACGAAGAAUAG